AUGGUUAUGCUUGAUUCCAAAAUUACCUUAUUACAAGAAAUAUCAGACGCAGCAAAGAAAUUAGAAAACAUUUUAGUCACUCAGUUUGACAAGAAGCUCGAAGGGACUUUGGAGGCAGAUAGCCAAGCUACCAUCGAUUAUGACAAGAUUGGCAUCAACUUUGCUAAACUCAAAGAUCGCCAAGUAGGCUCUUUUACUGCAACCCUUGAAAGUAAGCAAGCUACUGCUGAAGCCAAAGACUACAUGAACGAGAAGCAAGUGGAUCUUCACGAUGUCAUGUACGAGAAGCGUCAUAUUUUAGAGGAAAUUGUGCAAUGUAGAAAGUUUAGAUCAGUAUAUCAAGAUGUUGAACUCAUACCAUUAGACGAAUUCAUGGCCAAAGCAGGACCUGAGUAUCUCGAGAACUCAGACAACCCACAUCAACUGUUUAUCAAUCGAUUAAAAUACGAGCUUGUUGUCAGAGCUGCAUUGAAGGAACAGCAAGAAGAACUCCAAUUAAAACGAACUCAACUGAUCAAGGAGAACAGAAAAGCACAAAAGAAGGUGGAUCAAUACGACAAGUUACUGGAUGACUUUGUGCAGUCUGCAGUACCUUUGGAGGAAGCAUUGGAAGCAGAACGCAAGGCACAUAAUGCACCUACAGAUGAAAUGAUCGCAGAUCAACCAAAAGAAACAGAUGAGGCAAUAACAAACACAGUCGAAAUAAUGGAUACUUCUUUAUAA